AUGUUCACUCUAAUCCUUGUCCACGAUGUCCCCAUCACCACAUCGCUGGUGGAAAUCCAUAACCGUCUCCAGAUUUAUUCAGCAUCAUUCCUUGACGCGAACGAUGAUGGGACUGGCGAUCUCGCAGGUAUCAUCUCCAAACUUGAUUAUCUCAAGGAUCUUGGUGUGGACGUUAUAUGGCUUAGCCCGAUUUAA